AUGGUGGAGGACGGCGGCGGCGGCGGCGAGGAGGAGGAGGAGGAGGAGGAGGAGGGAGAGAGCGGGGAGAUGCCGGCGGCCGGCAGCGUGCCCCCCCGGCAGCGCCGGAACGGCUUCCUUCCCGGCAAGGAGGCGGCGGGCGGCGGGGCGCGGGCGGAGGCCGAGGCCGAGGCCAUGCUGGCGGCGGGCGGGCGGGCGGAGACGCGGCUGUCGCGGCGGCGGCUGGCGGUGCUGGCCGUCUUCAGCUGCUACUCGCUGGUGAACGCCUUCCAGUGGAUCCAGUACAGCAUCCUCAGCAACGUCUUCGCCGGCUUCUACGGCGUCUCCUUCACGCAGAUAGACUGGCUCUCGAUGGUCUACAUGGUGGCCUACGUGCCGCUCAUCCUGCCCGCCACCUGGCUGCUGGACGCCCGCGGCCUGCGCCUCACCGCCCUGCUGGGCGCCGGCCUCAACGCCCUGGGCGCCUGGCUGAAGUGCGCCAGCCUGGCCCCCCAGCGCUACCCCCUCACCCUGGCCGCCCAGGCCGUCUGCGCCCUCGCCCAGGUCUUCAUCCUGGGGCUGCCCUCGCGCAUCGCCUCCGUCUGGUUCGGGCCCACCGAGGUCUCCACCGCCUGCGCCGUGGCCGUGCUGGGCAACCAGCUUGGCACUGCAAUUGGCUUUUUGUUGCCGCCUGUUUUGGUUCCAAACACACCUAAUGAUCUCGAUCUGAUGGCACAUAACAUCAGCAUCAUGUUCUAUGGAACAGCAAUAGUGUCCACACUUUUGUUCUUCUUAACAGGAGUUGUGUUUGAAGAAAAGCCCAAAUACCCUCCCAGUCACUCUCAAGCAGUCCUGCAAACUGUGCCUCCCGAGGAUUACUCCUACAAGCAGUCAAUUAUUAACUUGUUCAAGAAUAUUCCAUUUGUACUUUUGCUGAUCAGUUAUGGUAUUAUGACUGGGGCAUUUUAUUCUGUGUCGACAUUAUUAAAUCAGAUGAUAGUAACUCAUUAUGAGGGAGAAGAAGUGAACGCUGGGAGAAUUGGCUUGACACUGGUGGUGGCAGGAAUGGUGGGUUCGAUUAUUUGUGGUUUGUGGCUGGAUUACACUAAAACAUACAAGCAAACUACUUUGAUUGUUUACAUUCUCUCUUUCAUUGGGUUGCUGGUAUUUACUUUCACCCUGGACCUCGGAUACCUUAUAGUAGUGUUUGUGACUGGAGGAGUACUUGGGUUCUUCAUGACUGGCUAUCUCCCGCUUGGGUUUGAAUUUGCUGUGGAAAUCACAUAUCCAGAGUCUGAAGGCACUUCCUCAGGUCUCCUUAAUGCAUCAGCACAGAUAUUUGGAAUUAUCUUUACACUUGUGCAAGGAAAACUCACAACAGACUACAGUCCUCGUGCAGGAAACCUCUUUCUUAGUGCUUGGAUUUUUGUGGGCAUUAUUUUAACAGCCUUAAUAAAGUCAGAUUUGCGAAGACACAAUGUGAAUUCAGGGAUUAUAAAUUUGGAUGUUAAAGCUGUUCCAGUUGACAGUCCUGUAGAAUCUGAAAGUACUGCAGUAAAAAGUCAGUCGGCUUUAUAAAGCUGAAAGAAGGUGACUUUGAAAUGCACAAGUUUGGUUGGAUACUGAACAAUAUUAAUUAGUGUAAUCACUGGAUUUGUGUGUAUGAGUAGUAAAAUGUAUUUGGUGAUAUGAGUGAUAGUUGCGCAGUGGAAGCUAUGAAGAUACUCAGUUCUUUUUUUUUCCCAAGAAACAAACAUUUCACUUUUGUAUGGAAUAUUUAUUCACAGAAUCAAUUAGGUUGGAAAAAACCUUCAAGAUCAUCGAGCCCAGCCAUUAACCCUACUAUCCCAAGUCAGCAGUUUUCAAGUUGUGCAGUUUCAUGAGUAAAGAGCUGUGUGAAUGCUCUCCAUGCUAGGGAGACUUGUAUAUUCAGGAUGCAUACUUGAAAAGAUCUGGAAUCCUGAAUUAUAGUUGUCGUGAUCAGAAGUAUCUAAUCUUUUCUUGGUCAGUUUUUGCUAGUGCGUUUGAAAAGUCAGAGUAGGUAGCUGCACAGCUGGAGGAUGUUCUCAAGUUCCUUUUUUUAAAAAAUGUAUCUGUAUUUUUAAUAUAAGCCAGUGGUUCCUUCUGGGAAACUGUCUAUAGCACAAUGCUGGAAUCAAGAGAUGACUACAAAAGUGUGUGUUUCACACUGGCAUCUGACAUGUCUUUUGCCUUGAAACUUCCUGGUAGAUAUCAGAAGGCAGAUUAGAGAAAACACUGUCCUAUAGAUUCACUGGAACAUUUUUGGGGAGUUUUAAAAAGUUUCCCACUACAUAAACUGAAGGAAAAGCAUUUCUUGUUAAGUAAAGUAAAAAGGAGCAGAAAGGCCUUUGAUACCUCUACUGUGAAGUAUUUAUAGACAAUGGAACAUUACUACAUAGGUUGCCUCCAUGGAAUAUUCUGUGUGCUUUCUCAGUUAAAAUGAGAGGGGUAUGAAUUUACAAAGAGCUGGUGCCUUUACUUUGUAAAGAAGAUCCUUGCCUCAUCUUGAGUUUAACAGUGCUGCUGAAGAAAUUCUGUUUUGUGUGUUAUACCUCCUGAGCUGAAUAUUUGUGGUGUGUCAGAAAAUGUGUUCAGUCCUUUUUUGCAUUUAUUUAUCGGCAUCAUGAAUGGUAUCAUUUGUCAUGUGAAAUUUUUAAUGCUUGCAUAACUUAAAACAUGUAUUUUGGAGUUUGUUGAAAGCUGUAAGAAUACUGAAAAGAAAAUAGUGAUGUUUCAUUCAUUCUGAUGAAAUAUUUGCUGCUUAUGUCAUGUAUCUUAGCUAAAAAGGACCAAACUUUGUUAAUAUUCACCUUGUGUUAUUACAUUUAUCUGAAUUUGGGAUGUGGAUUUUUCACUGCAGUGCUUUUGAAAAUAUUCUCCUUUACCUUGUGCUUUCUCUACCACCUAGAGAAUUGAUGGCACUACAACAAUACUGAGGCCCUGCUAUUACUGAAAAGCUCAGACCUGAGUUAGCAGACUUUUUCAAACAUUUAAGCUUUAGCAGCCUUUAGGUUGAGUCUGCAGGUCAGUCAUCAAUGAUGCCAUCUCUGAGUUCCCACAGAUGUAGUGCCACGCAGAAGGUGGAAUCUUACUUGAAGUUUUCCACAGAUAGUUUCAGUUGGAUACAGGGAAGUUUUUAACUCCAAUAUAGUGGUUUAGUAUGAUAAGUAUCAUUAAGUGCUUUUCUUUUGCUUGUUUCACUGUAGCUUUAGAGUAUCCCUUUUGAUAUAAAAAGGAUCCUGUAAACUUAGCUUUCUAAACUUGGUGAGCUUGUUUUAAUCUUUUGUAUGGCAAACACUUCAGACAUGGGAAGACUGAAUGGUAAUAUACAUACUAGCACAAGCUAAGCGUGCUUGGAACACUUGUCUUUCCAAAAAGGUCCCAUCUCUCUUUGCCAGGUCCAAUGCCAGACAGAAAAUGGACACACCUUGCUGCUUCUGGAGAGGCAAGCUCUAUGAGAAGAGCACUCAGUGAGGUAGCUCAAUAUAGGAAAAACAACUCGUAGAUAGUAAAAGAGGAGGCAAGAGUAUAGGAGUUGAAGCAGUGGUGCUUUUGUUAUGUCAGUUUUUUACAUAUAAUCACUUGCUGUGGUGUAAGCUGCCCCGUCAAAGGAUCUACACAAUUUCAGCUUGCAUGAGCAAAGUAAGAGUUCCUGCCUGUUGAUGUGCGUGGGUGGCUUUUCUUUUGGAAAAAUGUUAAUAAUGUGUGCCAAAAUAGAUACAUUAUUCUGCAAGGUACAGACUCAGUAAAUAUUUGUGUUUGUGACCCAUGGUUGCUUUAUACUUCUAUUGCAAAAUCUUACCAUGGUAAUUUUCUUUGCAGUUUGGGGGAAUUGUUUUAAAAUCUUCAAUAGAAAGUGUUUGGCAGUAUCUGGAAUGCUUCUGAAUUGUUCAGAUACACACUGUUCAGAUUCAAGCAUUGAUCUUUUUUCUUCCUUUUUAAAAUUUAUUUUUAAAUUCUUGUAUUCACUGCUAGUUUCCAGUUUCUCUUGUUAUGUUCAGCUGAUUAUUGAAAAAAUAUUCCAGCCCUUCUGCCUCCUUGUGUUUUUAUCUUCUGCCAGGUUACUUGACUACACUCUGAAAAGGCCCAAACAAGAUUUUGGCAUACUGGAAACUCUGCUAAGUCCAUGAAAAUAAAAUAUUCUUAAUAAUGAAGGCUUAAUUACAUCCUGGAUUUAAUACUCCCCCUCUAAAAAAGUUGGAAACCUGUGAGUUAUUUCCAGGCAACGAUAAAGUAUUUAAAUAGAAGGCUCAGCAGCAAAAUAAAGAGUGAAUAAAGAACAAACCAGUAUUUUAUGCAAUAAUAUCUGUCUGUCAAGAAACUGAGGUUCUAGUUCAUGGCAAAAAUAAAUUUGGGGUUGCUGGGGCUUUGAGUUUUUUUGCUUUUAAUUUUUUCUUUUAAGCAAACAAUAUCUAUCCAGUCAAACAUCCAUCUGGAACUGAACAUCUUAGCCUUGAGAUUCUGGCUCAGCCCUCCAGUAAAGAGUGGAUGUGGGGGCUAAAGAUCAUAACUGCUUACAGAGGUAAUCAUUUAAUGAAUGGAAUUUUAUGUCAACUAUGAGGAUAGAGUGGGAAAUCAAGUGAAGAGAGGCACCCCAAUCCCAUGCUUCAGCUUUUGCUUUUCAGUAUGCUUUUAAGUACUUCAGGAGAACUCUAGAGAAUGCAAAAGAAGUCAUGUAAUAGUGACCCUAAGCAAGGAGGCUGGCCCCAAGUUCCCAAGGACUAACUAGGGUGUUUACUUGGUAACUUGCAGCUAUAAGAUUUGGAGAUUGCUCUUUAAAAAAACCAUCUAUCUUUCUUUGUUUCUUCCAGACCAUGUUAAACUUUUGCUAACUCCAGUGGGUCAGAGCCGAAGAAUGUUGACCCAUUUUUAUUUAGGAAUCCUGACAUGGUCUUAAUCUCAUUUCUGUUUGGGUUUGAAAAUGUCAGACCUCUAAGGCAUAGUCUGGAAUUCCUGCAGUUGGGAGCUUUAACAUUGGUUCUUCAGGGCAUUUAUUUUGUAGAUGAGUGCUUAUCUUCAAUAACAGCACUUUCUGUUGCUGAAUGCUCCUGUUUUAUGAGGAACAAAGACCAAGGGAAGAAGUGGGAAGAAUACAUCUUAAUAGUUUCAGGCUAAUAGGGCUUUCCUAACUUCAUUCUCUUGGGCAUCUCAUUUGUUCAAGACAGUCUGUUGUUUCAGAGACAAUCACUGGAGUGUGUAGUUAGAGCUGCCAGCCCAUAUUGCCUGAUGAAAAAAUGCUUUUUGAGAAAUCUUUGGACUAUUUUGUGUUUCUAUGACCAAAUGAAAUUGAGUUGAGCUAUAAGCAGUUACUGCUUUCAUUUUCCAUUCCGUGAACUCAUGAGUUUUCCUGUGUGAAUGGGAAUGUGUGACCUUUUUCAUUGCUGUCUUUCAUGUACAUAGAACCUUCUGAAGUGUUAUAGGUUACUAAUGACUCAUGGACCACAAGCUAAGUUAUUGUGUCAGUGUACUUUCCUCACCACCACCAUUCAGUCUGAAGUCUGUGAAGACGGAGAAUUCAUGUUAAUGUAUGAAUUGGAAUUGAUUAAGCAAAAAAUAUUCCUAAGAGAAAUGUAUUUCCAUGUGAGACCCUUGUUAUUGACUGUACGUGUCUUUGUUCUCAUGAAGAUAACAAAUACUUUUGCUGUAAUUUGUUGGGUUUGUUAGUGUCCUUUGCUUCAAGAGAAAAUUAAAAAUUCUUUAUUAAUAUUCUCUGAUUGCAAUAUUGUACAUAUGUGUACAUGUGGGUGGCAUCAUUCCUUACCAAUAUAUGUUACUAAUAAAGCGUGUACCAUGUAACAUGAUUUGAGCCAAGAUUGCCAUUUUUGACAGCAGCUGAUGCAGCUAAUGGUCUAAAAAUUACUCCAUUUUUUUCUUUUUUUCCUUAGAAACUGCCAUUUAGUGUAAGAAAAUUUUGUAAGUGUAUGAUAUACUGUGUCAUUAAUAAACAUGCGUGCAUAUGUA